GACUGUAAUGAGUACAAUCACAUGAGGAAUAAACUCAUUAUUGACAUUGCGUUACCCAACAACCACCCAGCGUUCGAUCCAAGAGAAAUCUGUGCUUCUGUAUGCGGCCCUGCCUCGGAGUCAUUUGAGAUACAUAAUUUAGAGCUCAUCCUGAGAUACAUUCAUAUAGUCAUAUCAGACUCAGGGAUUAGUCUCGUACCCUUAUUUGCAUAAACUUGCAGAAGAUCUUGUAAUCUGAAAUUUUUAUACUACUUUUAAAGAUUGUAAAUAUGUUGUCACCUUGUUUAUGUUUAUGUUUUAUGUUUAUUGUAUUAAUCAAACAUUGUAAUUAGUUUAUAUGAAAUCCGAUUUAAAAUCGGGAAUAAAAGAUACAUACAUACAUUUACAACAGCACUACGGUAUAUGAUUGUGAUGUGGGUAAUAUCCUGAUAGGUAAUUUUACUUCGAGAUGUCUUGAAGAUUCUACUUGGACAACCCCACCCUUCUGUUUGUUUAUAGACUGUCAUGACCCUCCAUAUGUCUCUAACAGUACAGCAGGGUUAACUGACAACAGAACAACAGUUUAUGCCAAAGUAGACUAUGAAUGUGAUAUAGGAUACGACAUGGUAGGAAACAGUACAGCUUCCUGUAGUGUUAGUGGAAAUUGGAGUGACAUACCUGUUUGUGUUAUUGCAGACUGUGGGGAACCUCCAAAUGUCCUUUUCUCAACAUGGGACCCAAACACCACAACCACCUACGAUAGUGUGGUAACACACACAUGCUUAAAAGGGUAUGAAAUGGGAAUAAUCGAACCAAACACUUCGAGAAAUGCCUGUUCUGAAAAUGGCUGUAAUGAUGAUGAUUUUACAUGUUCUAAAAACAUAAUUUGUGAUAAGGAGCUAUCUGAUAAUAGUUCAUUUGAAUGUCCAACAAACAGAAGCUGUGAUGAGUUCCUUGAUAGAGUUGAUACCAUUCGCUGCCUACCGACUGGAAAUUGGAGCACUACCCCAGUGUGUAACCCUAAGGACUGUGGCUUGCUUAAUAUAAGUAAUGGUAUCAUGACAUACUUUGAUAACUCAACUACAUAUGGCUCAAAUGUUAGUAUAUUGUGUGACGAGGCAUAUCAUCUUAGUGGAGACUCGACAUUGCAAUGCAGCGCUGAUGGGCAAUGGUCAAAUAUAAGUGAAUGUGUAGCAAUAGAUUGUUUCGACGUCCCAUUUGUCAACUAUGGUGAAUUUGUCAACCCAUCAAAUGACACCCUUUAUGGAAGUGUGGUGAAUUAUACAUGUGAUAUUGGGUAUUUUAUGACUGGCAAUAGCUCCAUAACCUGUAUGAACAAUGGGUCCUGGUCAUCCCCUCCAGAAUGUACCAUCCAUAAUUGCGGAGGAAUGCCUAAUAUAAGUAAUGGUAUAGGAAGAUUAACACAUGAAACGCUCUUCAAUAUGUCCACAGUCAACAAUACACAUCUUGACCCAUUAAAUGGAGCGACUGUAUAUGUGCGUAAUACAACUUCAACUGACACGAUGGAUAUCAAAAUUGUUACAGAAAAUACCACACACGUACCUAACAUGACUGUCACUGAAUUAUGGAAUAUCACGUCUACUGUUAAUAUUCUGAAUAAUGAUGAUGGAAAUACUUCAACAACAGCUUUUGAUAAAAUAAAUAAUUCCAUGAUAAGCAAUGAAACAAAUAUACAGAAUCGGUCAAAUGUACAUUUAAUAACAUCUGAUAGUGUAAUCCAUAACCAGGAAGACACAGCUUUUAGUACGACAUAUCUUUCCAUGGGGGAAUACACCUGUAAUGAUGGCUUCACUAUGUACGGAGAUCCCACGAUCACCUGUAUGGCUGACGGAACCUGGUCACCAGCCCCAGUUUGCAGUCUUUAUGAAUGUGGUGAAAUGCCAGUAGUCCACAACGCUGAUGUAGCUGUUAAUAUUGAUAACACGAAUGAUAAGAUUAUAGCCACCUUUACAUGUGUAACUGGUUACUUAAUCGUCGGGAAUGAGUCAAUCGAAUGUGAAGCUGGUUUCUCGUGGACUACUGAUACCCCUAAAUGUGAGAUUGUGAAUUGUGGAAUGCCACGAAAGGUUGCCAGAGCAACACGAGAGGUCACAGAUAUUACAUAUGGAAGCAUAGUGAAGUAUACUUGUGAGAAAGGAAAUAUUUUACAUGGUUGUCCUACAGCUGAAUGCAAGGAAGAUGGUUCUUGGGGUCCUUACCCAGAAUGUUCCUUGGUGGAUUGCGGGCCUUUGCCUAGAGUUCAAAAUGCAAUGAGUCAUCUAAGAGGUACCAAGACAACCUAUGGGAGAAGCGCAUACUACACAUGUGCAUGGGGUCACAGGGCCUAUGGCGAUACAGAUAUUCGAUGCCAAGCAAAUGGUAUGUGGUCCUAUCCUUGUGUUUGUAGUCCUCUAGAUUGUGGGGAUAUCCCUUUAGUCUUGAAUUCAGGUCAUACAGUGAAGCUAUCACAAACUAUUGUUUUGAAAAUCAACUACCGGUGCGAUCCGGGAUAUAAACUAAUUGGUCACCCACAAGUUACAUGUAUGGAAACUGAAGAAUGGUCCCAAGUUCCCAAUUGUAAUUUGAUUACAACCACACCAUUGGCAACCUCACCAUCUACAACCACGACUUCACCAAGGCCAUCGACAACUGCAUUACAAUCAACAUUGUUAGACAGUACAACAAAACAAUUCACUACUACUGCCGGCACAACACAAGUGUCUACAACGGAACUGUUAACAACGCUGUAUAGUGUUGCCACUGAGCCUCCUAAGGUUGUAUACAAGCGGGUUAAAAAGAUAGAAAUUCCUCCAGAGGAAGCGAAACAUGCUCAGGUAUAA